AUGGACUCGGAUGAUGAUUUCAUGAGCGAUAUGUCGAGUGAUGAUUUUCUUGGAACACAGGGAAGUGACGAUGAGAGUAUUGGAGAAGACUUUGGUGAUCUCGACACAGGAUUUUCAGAUGACAAGGAACUCAUUUCGCAUCAACGACAACCAUUCGAGGUCGAGUUCAAGGUUCUAGACCCCGCGGAGAUUGAACGUGAACAGCUCGGUCAGAUCAACAACGUCGCAGCUAUUCUAGGCUUACCGCCAGAGUCGGCAGCUAUCCUUUUACGCUUUCGAAGAUGGGUACAACAGGAGAAGUUGAUUGAGGAGUAUAUAUCUCGAGAGGAUGAGAUACUCGAGGAGGCUGGCCUGGGUACUAAAUGCCAGGGGACGGCGAAGACGGAGGUGGUGAGCGAUUUCAUGUGUGAGAUCUGUUGUGAAGAUGGGCCGGAUCUCGAGACGUAUGCUAUGCGCUGUGGACAUCGGUUCUGCGUGGACUGUUAUCGGCAUUACCUGGCUGGGAAAAUCAAGGAAGAGGGCGAGGCCGCUCGUAUCGAGUGUCCGGGCGAUAAUUGUCAUCGGAUUGUUGACUCCAGGUCGCUGGAUCUCCUCGUAACUGAUGAUCUUAAGGACAGGUACCGUGAACUCCUUACACGUACUUAUGUUGAUGACAAGGAAAACCUUCGCUGGUGCCCAGCCCCCGAAUGCCAGUAUGCGAUUGACUGCUCUGUCAAACAACGAGAUCUAUUCCGCAUCGUCCCCACAGUCGCCUGUGCAUGCAAACAUGACUUCUGCUUUGGAUGUGCUCUCAAGGACCACCAACCCACUCCAUGUGCCCUGGUAAAGAGAUGGCUGCAGAAGUGUGAAGAUGAUUCAGAAACGGCCAACUGGAUCUCUGCCAAUACGAAAGAAUGCCCACGAUGCCAAUCAACCAUCGAGAAGAAUGGUGGUUGCAAUCACAUGACAUGUCGGAAAUGCAAACACGAGUUCUGUUGGAUGUGCAUGGGCCUUUGGUCCGAGCACGGUACUGCUUGGUAUAACUGCAGUCGAUAUGAAGAGAAAUCAGGGUCAGACGCUCGGACCGCCCAACAAAAGUCACGCGCAUCAUUGGACCGAUACUUACAUUACUAUAACCGAUAUGCGAAUCACGAGCAAUCGGCUAAGCUGGAUAAGGACUUAUACCUGAAGACUGAAAAGAAGAUGACCAGUCUACAAUCACAAUCAGGUCUGUCCUGGAUCGAGGUGCAGUUCCUUGAUACUGCAUCGCAGGUAUUGCAGCAAUGUCGCCAGACUCUUAAGUGGACAUAUGCUUUCGCCUUCUACCUGGAGAGGAACAACCUUACCGAUAUUUUUGAAGAUAACCAAAAGGACCUCGAGAUGGCAGUUGAGAGUCUCAGUGAGAUGUUCGAGAAGCCCGUUCCGGAGCUAGCCGAGCUCAAAGUAGACAUCCUGGACAAGACCGCCUAUUGCAACAAGCGUCGGGUCAUCUUGCUAAGUGACACUGCUGAGAAUUUGAGUAAAAUCUACACCUUUCCUCCCGGUCAUGUUCCCUAA